AAUGUCGGGAGGAGGUGCUCGGGGAAGGACAUCACACACUGUGCAUAACGUAUAGACUCGAUUAUCUAGCCUCGGACGUUUGUUCUAUUGUCGCUGUGGCGGCUCACUUUCGCGGUCUUAUCUUUUAUUUGUUCACCAAGAGCACCGAGCUACGUAAUUAGCAAGUUUUUAGCUAUUUUCAAAAAAAUUUCCAAUCAAAUCUCGAUGUCGAUUAUCCAGAUAUUGCAGCACUUCUAGUUUGUUGUAUUGUUUUAACUAAAAUGGAUACGGACGAGCGUUGGGAUAACGUAAAUGUUUUAACCAAUAGUGAUGGUGAUUUGGAAAUAAAUAAUAGUAUACACGAUACUGAUGGGAGUAAGGCGUUUGGCAUAAAAAGCUAUAUACCGAAAAGGUCGAGUCAAAAAUAUCUGAGACCCAUCUACAUCGCCAGUGGCAUAGCUGCCUUUAUUAUAAUAGUCAUCAUCAUCAUAACUGUCAGCGUGACAGGUUCCAACAGAGGUAAAGGUACUGAUUCAUCUGGCCUUUUACCCCAUGGCCUUAUAUUGCACAAUAACGACAGCUUUUGGUCAUACGAUAUAAAAAAUGACAAGGCAGCUUUUUUAUUCAAUGUGGCUUCUAUAAACUACUUUGAUGUUUUCUCAAGAAAAAUGAUUAUUUUAAGCGCAACUGAUGCAUCAAAAAUCAUUUCUCUUUCCCAUAAAAACUCAAACCCAAUACAAAAAAAUACAAGUUUUAUUUUUGAAGAAAGGAGAAUUAAGCCACAAGGCAUAGCGAUAGAUUUUAUAACUGGAAAUAUUUAUGUGGUUGAUGAAAUCUCAGAGCUCGUAGUCGUUAUAAAUCCACAAUCUAAAAAUUACAAUAUUCUCUUAUCUGAUCUCAAGAAACCUCGUGAAAUCGUAUUGGAUCCAGUUCAAGGUCUCAUGUUCAUCUGUCAAGUUUCCGACUCAAUACUCAAAGGUAAUAUGGAUGGUACCUCGCUGAAGAAGAUUGUUCAGAAUAGCGAGAUCUCGGCUAUUACCUUAGACCGCAAAACCAGACGUGUAUACUGGGUUCAAGACUUUAUCAGCAUUGAAAGCUCAGAUUACGAAGGUAACGAUCGCAAGCUCUUCUUCGCUGACUCAGUGGUGAUAGUUAGUCUUGCUAUCCUUGACAACCAGUUCUUUUGGCUGUGGCCAAAUUACGGGCAUAUCAACGCUACUUUGUGGUCGUGCCAACUUCACAACGACACUUGUGAGGAGCACGUCAUGCACAAGCUUGAUUCUUUUCAUAACGCUAAGCACAUAAAACCAAGCAUGUACCAGAAUGAGGAUUCUCCAAAUCUUUGCAAAGUGAAUAAUGGGGGUUGCGAACAUCUUUGCUUGACCACCAGAGAUGGUGGUCGAAGUUGUGCCUGCAAGCUCGGCUGGCAGCUAAAUCCUGACCGCAAAACUUGUCGUCUAGUCACUGAUUUUAUUAUCUAUGUAGUAGACGAUUUGAUCAGAGGACGAAUUGUGGACAAUACAAAAACAGCCCUUAUUGAUGUCUUCUGGCCUACGCUAUACAGCGUAGAAAGUGUAAAAACCAAAGGAACCAUAGACUUUGAUUACGACCUGACCAACGACAAUUUUUAUUUCAGUGACGACGUGCAGAUUUGUCAAAUUAAACUAAGAAGUCAAAGUAACCAGACAGUUUUGAUGCAGAACGAGUUGUUUUACACAAUUGAGGAUCUUGCUUAUGAUUGGCUCACGGGAAAUAUGUAUUACUCUCUCCGCUCAAAGCUGCACAGCAGACGCCACUAUUUAAUGAUGUUUAACGUUGAUCGUGGGAGUGAGCACAAAAAGGUUAUAGCAAACUUUCUAUACGAUAGCGUAUUUGGACUACAAGCUUGUCCUUAUGCUCUUGCUCUUUAUCCAACCAAGGGAUUCCUUUUCUAUACAGCGGGAGAAGACACUCAGAGAUCUAUACAACGGAUGACUAUGAAUGGCACGAAGUUAACACAGAUAUUCCAAAUACCUUACGUCCAUGAGCAUAGACUAAUCACAUUAGACUACGAGAAGGACAAGGUGUACUGGAUUUACAGCACUGAGGAUUCUUUCACGAAAGUCAAAUAUGCAGAUUUCGAUGGUAACAAUGAGAAAAUUAUUGUUAUUGAUUCAAUGAGAAUGGCGAGGACUAUUUCUGUGCACCACCAGUGGCUUUACGUAAGCAACGACUCGAGCAUAUGGAGAGUCCAUAAAGAAACUGGUCUAGGUCUUGUUAGGAUUAUACCCACGUACGAAGAUGAUAGAGGGAAAAUUGUUGGUGCAAGAAUAAUUAGUUCAUCCGUUCAGGCUACUGGUCUCGAGAAUAAUCCUUGUGCCAUUAAUAACGGAGGCUGCGAAAGAUUCUGUUUUGCUGCUCCGAAAAAGACUUGUGAUUAG